AUGCACUAAUAAUAAAAUGUCAUAGUCAGGUGACAAAAUAUUUUAUACGAAAAUUAUUUUGAAAUUCGCUUCGCAAUAAAGUAAUACAAAUAUAAUAACAGAAAUAUGGCUUUACAUUCAGCAGCUCGGGGUAAACUUUUAUCAGUAAUUGGUGAUGAGGAUACCUGUGUUGGAUUUCUUCUUGGAGGAGUAGGAGAAAUAAACAAAAACCGACAUCCAAAUUUCAUGGUCGUCGACAAAAAUACGGCAGUCAGCGAAAUUGAAGAUUGUUUUAAACGUUUUUUGAAAAGAGAUGACAUCGAUAUCAUUCUUAUAAAUCAAAAUUAUGCUGAAUUAAUUCGUCACGUUAUUGAUGCACAUACAGCACCCAUUCCAGCUGUGUUAGAGAUUCCUUCGAAAGACCAUCCAUAUGAUGCUUCCAAAGAUUCAAUCUUGAGGCGUGCUAAGGGUAUGUUUAGCCCAGAUGAUGUAAUAGCCUCACGUGGUUAAUUUACUUGCAAUAGAUUGGCUUUCGGCACUCAUUAAUUUUAUCCAAUUCCAUUAGAUAUAUCAAUGUUGUUAUCUAUAUCUUAAUUAUUCAAUGUAAUUUAAUGCUAUAUACGAUAAUACAAUUCAGUUCAUUUAAAUUAAAUUCAAAGAACAUUUA